AUGGCGGAGUCUGAAGCCUCUGACGCGCUUGCAUCCAGCUCUCAGUUUGCAAACAAAUUAAAAUCCCCCUUGCGUAAAGGAAAGAGAGACGAUUUAGAUGAGCGUCAACCGAUACCUGCAUGGAAGCUUCGGGAAAGGAUGAAGAACGAGAGCCGUCCAGUUUAUAAACCUAGGGCUGUUUCGAGAACUCCACUUCGCGGAAACAGUAGUUUGGAUCCUUCUCUGCCCCCUGCAUUUCAGGCAGCGGCCGCGAAACAACGGAAAAAGGAGCAGGACGACUUCAUGUCUCUUGACUCAGUCCACAGCUCAAAAACUCAAAGGAGCAGGCUAACGAAUGAUGACUCUAACUCUGAUCCGGACGGCUCUAGUUCUCUCAGUGAUGAGGACAGCUUCGCGAGUAUUGGGGAAGAUGAGCAUGAUGACGAGGCAUAUCGAGAAGGACGGAAUCAGAUUGCAAGACAAACACUUGAAUGUGCACAAUCUACUAGACCAAGGGCCACGAGGCUGAAAAAAGGCGGAAUUAAUAGUAGACCCCUGGAAUUCAUUGCAGAGUGA